GCCCUCAAUUGUUCCCAGCAUCAGGAUCUUCUCCAGGGAGUCCUUCCUUCUCAUUUGGUGGCCAGAGUAUUUGAGUUUCAUCUUCACUAUCUGGCCUUCUAAAGAGCAGUCAGUCAGGUUCAAAUAUCAGUAAGAUAUUUAAGAGUGGUGUUUCCAUCUUUUUGGUAAGGCAAACUGCACAGCAGCCAGGAAGCCAUCCAAAGUUCAGAUGGGGUGGAACCAGAAAAAGAGUGUGGUAUUCUAGGCAAGAGUGUCAUAAUUUUGGGCCAUCACUUCAGUCAUGGCAACCAGCUGAGAGUGAGCUUUAAUGCUGGGACAGAGUGUUCAGAUCCGAACGUUGGAGGGUCCAGUCCUGGACUGUGGCAGAGCUUGCAUUUUCCGCACUCCCGGGACGGAGCACUGCAAUGCAGACUUGACUUGUGGAAGGGAGGGUUCUAUCCGGGCGACGCAUGGACUGAGCUGUGGAGCUGAAUGGUGAGGACAGUCCUCCUUUUGAGGGACCGUCAAAGAGCAGUGCGCUGUGUGGGCAUGCGCUGUCUCUGAAUAGCUGUCCAGACUGAGUCUAGUUGAAAGACGAACAACCAUAAAAAUAAACAACAAUGGAAGUUUUCUUUUAUCAGCACUUGGCAACAGGCACCCGUUCUCCUGAAUGCAGUCUUUCCCACUGAGGAUCUGAGGUUGGAUUCCAUGGAUUCCAAAAACAACAGCUCAUCAUGCACCAUUGAGGAGUUCCGAAGUCAAGUGUAUCCCAUCACGUACUCCAUCACCUGUGUCCUGGGGCUUGUAGGGAACGGCUUUGUGCUGCUCGUCCUUAUAAAGACAUACCAGCAGAAGACAGCACUGCAAUUAUACAUGCUCAACCUGGCUCUUUCGGACUUGCUCUUCGUGUGCACACUGCCUCUGCGGGUGGUGUACUACUUAUACAAAGGGAACUGGUUUUUUGGGGACUUCCUGUGCCGGGUCAGCUCCUACACCCUGUAUGUCAACCUGUAUUGUAGCAUCUUCUUCAUGACGGCCAUGAGCUUCUUCCGUUGCGUUGCCAUUGUCUUCCCCAUCCAGAGCAUCCAUUUUAUAACAGAUAAAAAAGCCAGACUGGUCUGCAUUAGCAUCUGGGUCUUUGUGAUGCUCACUAGCUCACCAUUUUUGAUAAAUGGCUCCACAGUUGAUAACCAGACGCACAAGACCAAAUGCUUCGAGCCUCCCGAGGAAAAUGAAUUACAAAAGCUGUCAGUCCUCCAUUAUAUUGCAUUAAUUGUUGGCUUUAUUUUGCCCUUUGUUAUCAUUGCUGUCUGCUACACCAUGAUCAUAUGGACCUUGUUGAAAAAUUCAUGGCAGAAUAGAGACAACUCCCAUAAAAAAGCCAUCUGGAUGAUUCUCAUUGUGACCAUGGUGUUCCUGAUAAGUUUCACUCCGUAUCACAUCCAACGCACUAUCCACCUCUAUACUCUCAAAAAUAAUAAAUCCUGUGAGGAGCGCCUCUACAUGCAGAAAUCAGUCGUGAUAACCCUCUCCCUUGCAGCUUUCAACUGCUGUUUCGACCCGCUUCUCUAUUUCUUUGCUGGAAACAACUUUCGUAAAAGAGUUUCGACUUUACGAAAAGCUUCUGCCCCCAUCUCACCGCUGCAGCAGAGGAAUGUAUCCUUAAAGCCCACAGAGACUGUACUGGCUGAAACGAAGGUAGUCAAGGAGAGGAAAUAAAAGCUGUUCUCCUUGGCGGAAGCCGCCACCUUGUUGGUGGGACAGGCAGAAAGAAGAAUAUGCACUUUGUGCCUCUGUGGUUUAAGAAGGCCGCAGUGCGAAGCAACCCGGGACAGCCGCUGCCAUGACUCUUGGCUUCGCGUCUGUCUUGCCACCAGGGUCAUGUGGGCCAAAGAUGCAGAGCGAGCAGCUCUGGGAGAAAGCUACAUGCAUUGGCGGACUGUUCUAUGGAGGGAAGAUGUAAAGUGUGUGAGCCAGUGAUGCACUGAUGCACACAGUUCUCAGAUAUAUUCUUGUUUUAGAAAAAUCCUAGAAUAGCCGUUCACUAUCAUGCUUCUUCAGGUAUACAAGAGACUGCAGCCCUGUUUAGGCAUUAGACAUGAGUGGGGAAAGCUGUACCCAUGCAGGUCGUGGGCCUCACCCCACCGUCCCCAUUUCCACCCCAUUUACCCUCACCUUCCUACACUGGAGUCUCCAAUUCAAUUGGAAUUCACCUGGACGUGGUAGAAGCUUCCAGUGCUCCCAGGGCUGCUGGGAACUUGUGUUCAGGCCAGUAUGUGUCAAAGCCCCCUUUAGGCCUUCCUGUUUGUUCUCAUUAGGGCAGGGAGUCAGAGGGGAGGGCUCCAUGCCCCGGAUACCUGUUCACUCUCCUUGGUUCAGGGAUAAUUUCUGGAUGGAGCAACGGUGGAACCCUGGAAGAUGCACAGAAGAGGAGCACAUAGCCAGUACCACUGAUACAAGAAGACAUAACCAAGGGAAUCCCCCACUAUCCAGCCUUGCCGUAGCGAUGCUAAACAUGUAACUCAGGGGUGUGUCGUCUGUCUUUUGUGGGGUGGAUAGCAGAGAACUACCUCUGAAGCCAGAUGAGUCUUGGCAUUCACAGGACAAGUGUGAUGUUUUCCUCAAGGCACAGGAGUGAAAAGGGCAUCAGUUUAGGCAUGAAAAGGAUGGGAUAGGGACCUGGGUGUGCAUGCUUAAGGCUCCAGACAAGCUCCCACUGGGAGCAGGGGAUGGGUGAAAUUUUCUCCCCAUACCUAAGGCCUGCCUCUGCUGCUACUGGGACAAGCAUUGGACCAAUCCCAAAUGGAAGCACUUCCUAAACUAUUGUAGCAGGCCUAGCUCUUGGUGUUUCCUUCAUGCUGCAUCAGCCCCAGUGGGCAUGGCCGGUUCUUCAGAUUUAUGGAAGCUGUUGCCCCCCAUGUGGAGGGCCACAGCUUUCUGAACCCUGCUCUGGAGAUGGGGUUUCCCACACACACGCAUACACACCUGCCAUAAAGGGGCCGGCAUUUCCAUUCGGGAUGCAGCAGGGCAGUGAAGAAAGCAUGCGGAGGCUGCAGCAUGCAUUGGCCGUGCUCACAGCCUCAAGCUCUCCUCUGGACUCGUAAAAGCCCUGGGGUGCCUCCGGUUCACAGAACAAAUUUGGGCCACGGGACCUUGGGCAGGGACCGGCCCCUCCCCAAGCCCCACCCCCUGAAAUGGGGAGCUCAGGGAGACAGGACAUGCCCAGCGCCUUGGCAUCAUCGAACCCACAGAGGGCUGGGGAAGCCACUCAGUCCCAGCCCGUUAUAGCUCAGCACCUCCUGAGGUAGCUUCAAUGCACAUUCAGGGAACUUUGAACCCUCAUCCAUCAUUCAGGUACAUCCUAAAUGCUCACCGGCCUUUGUCAAAUCAUCCCAGAUUUGUCUGGGCUUUUCUCUCAUUACAGUUUAAUUUGCAAAAGCGCCCACUCCUAAAUACUCAGGGAGUCUCUUCAGCAUGUGCAAAUUAGAACCCCUGCGUCGAUCUUUUAGCGAGCCCUCCUGUAGGAUGGAUUGGCAAUCAUCUGCCUGUGUUCACUGUUAGAGGGAUUAAGUUCUUCGCUAAGGAAUGCAUGGGCCCACCUUACCCUGAGCCCAGCCUUUAGUCCAUGAGUGAGCCAGGUGUUGUCCUCCAGGUCCUGCACCAUUACCUGUGCCAUUUAGGACUGAUGGGAGUUGAAAGCCCAAACAUCUGGAAAGCCACAAGAGCUCAUGCCUGAACUAGCCCUCUGCUGCCAUUUCCACCCAUGUUUCUCCAAGUCUGGAAACUUCAAUUGGCCCAAAGGAGGGUGACCAGAUUGUUAAUGAGGACUGGCAGAUAUGACCAUGUAAAGCCAGUCCUCUGCCAUCUUCACUGGCUCCCAGUUGAGGUCCAGGCCCAAUUCAAGGUGUUAAUGCUUGUGCUCAAAGCCCUAAGUGGCUUGCGGCCAGGGUAUCUAAAGGAGAGCCUCUUCCCAUCUGAACCCAUCUCCCAUGGGUCAUCAUUGGAGAUCCUUUUGAAGGUGCCCCCUCCUGAGGAAAUAAGGAGGGUGGCCAUAAGAAGGGCCUUAUUGGAGUGGCACCCCAACUUUGGAAUCAGCUCCCCAGACAGGUUUGCCUGGUGCCUUCUUUGUAUUCCUUUUGGCACCAGGCAAAGGUCUUUUUAUUUUCCCAGUAUUUUGAUGGUUAGAAUGAAUUCAAUGGUUUUAAAUUUUAUUCCUGAUUAUUGAUUGUGGUUAUGCCUUGUAUGUUGAUGUGGUUUCUGUAAAGAGUGCUGCCAGCAUGGUUUUUAUGUGUUUGGCUGUUAGAUGUUAAUAUUGCUAUAUCAGUGUUUUAUUAUAUAUUGUUAUAUUAUUUGAAAUAAAUUUCUAUUUGUAACCCA